AUGAAUGAAGUGAGAGGAACGAGGCAUAGGAUUACAAGGGGUAUUUAUGGAGGGAUCACAACCCAUGGCACUGCCACGUUAAAGUGGAGCUACCAAUUUCGAAUAGCUACGUGGCGAUCAUAUACAUGUAGUUGGCAAGGUGCAAUGGUUCGUGGAAUGAGUUAUGAAGCACGUAACAUUCAAAGGCCACAAAAACAUAACGCUCUCUAUCCAUUUGAUUAUGCAGAGUGA